CUCCGGUUGCAUAGGCUACCGCGGCUCCACGCGCCUUCUCCUGGGCUACUUAUCGGAGUGCAGCUCAGCUAAGUUGGGAGUAUCCCUGUGCUACGGGAACUCUGUCGCCGCUCUCCUCUGGACCGGGCUGGGCGUUGCUAUCUUGUCUAAGCCCCGUGCACGUGGCCGCUCUCGGGAAUGCGGCGCGCUGAUGGACUGGGCGGGAUUUAGAGCCGGGUCACGGGGAAGGGACUUACGGGGUAUUCAGCUCCAGUGUUCUGUCUUCUAGUUUUUCUUUUGAGGGUAGUGUUUUUCACUAAAGUUAUUUCUUGUUAGUGUGUUUUUUUCUGUAAUUAAAACAGCAACAACAAACCAGUUGCCAAGUCUGUCAUGCCUACUCAUGGCGACCCCAUGUGUAUCCGAGUAGAACGGUGCUCCUUAGGAUUUUCAAUGGGUGGUAUUUCGGAAGUAGAUUUUUCCAGACUUUUUUUUAUUUUCCUUCAGACUUCUGGGUGGAUUCGAACUGCCAGCCUUUCAUUAGAAGCUGAGCAGGCUAACCGUUUGCACCAACCAGGGACUUCUAUGAAUAAUAGUCCGAUAUUCGACCCUAGUGGUCCUAUUUAGCCACUGUCCUUUAAAAAGUUAUUGUCAUUGCAACUGUGACUUCGACUUCUUUGAUCAAGUCAAACUCAUAAGGUAUGUUGAAAGCUAGACUUGACAAUAUGAAUUUUACUUGUACAGGUUUCUUGAUUAUGACAUAUUCAAGUUACAUGGAACUGCACUUACCAACAAUCUUUUUUUUGUUUAUCAUUAGUAACAUGUACUACGUACAGUGUUGCAGCGUACAAUUUGCUGAUCCCAUCAUAUCUGGCAAGUGGAAAAAUAAGGAACGGAUUCUCAUCUUUUCUUCCAGAGGAAUAAAUUUCAGAACAAGACACUUAAUGCAAGAUUUAAGAAUGUUGAUGCCUCAUUCUAAAGCAGAUACUAAAAUGGAUCGUAAAGAUAAGUUGUUCGUGAUUAAUGAGGUCUGUGAAAUGAAAAACUGCAAUAAAUGUAUAUAUUUUGAGGCCAAGAAAAAACAGGAUCUCUAUAUGUGGCUUUCAAAUUCACCUCAUGGGCCAUCUGCUAAAUUCCUUGUUCAAAAUAUUCAUACCUUAGCUGAACUAAAGAUGACUGGAAACUGUUUGAAAGGUUCUCGACCCCUUUUGUCUUUUGACCCUGCUUUUGAUGAAUUACCACAUUAUGCUUUGUUAAAAGAACUCUUAAUUCAGAUCUUUUGUACGCCACGGUAUCAUCCCAAAAGCCAGCCAUUUGUGGACCAUGUGUUUACUUUCACCAUUUUGGAUAAUAGGAUAUGGUUUCGGAACUUUCAGAUUAUAGAGGAAGAUGCUGCUCUUGUAGAAAUAGGACCUCGUUUUGUCUUAAAUCUCAUAAAGAUUUUCCAGGGAAGUUUUGGAGGACCAACUUUAUAUGAAAAUCCUCACUACCAGUCACCAAACAUGCAUCGCCGUAUCAUGAGAUCUAUCACAGCUGUGAAAUACAAAGAGAAACAGCAAGUGAAAGAGGUGCAGAAACUGAGAAAGAAAGAACCAAAGACUAUCCUUCCACAUGAUCCCACUGCAGAUGUUUUUGUUAUACCAGCUGAGGAAAAACCGAUAGAAAUAGAGUGGGUAAAACCAGAGCCAAAAGUUGACUUGAAAGCAAGAAAGAAAAGGAUAUACAAACGGCAAAGAAAAAUGAAACAGAAGAUGAACAGUGGGAGUGCAAAAUGAAUCAAGGGAUAAGUAAUUUGUUUUUCAGUUAUUUUGUAUUUAAUAUCUAUCCAAUUUGUAAAUACUUUUAUUAUCCAGGACUGUCUAACUGGUGUGGCAUUUAAAAGAAAGGAAGAAAAAUUAAAUGCCAAGGAUUUUUUAUGGAUUCACUGAUGUCUCUGUGUUUCUACAUAAAACAUCAGAACUCAUUUAUUUCUAUUUUUCUUUUCAAAGCUCAUCUGGUAUUAAAAAUUUAGCACAUUUCAAGUUUAGGCCUACUCUCUUGGAAUAAAGUUGUGGUUGAACAAAGCUUCUGAAA